CCUAUUUGUAAAAUCCUUUGAGUUAGGGUAGUUUCGUUUUUGUUGUGCAAAACCCUAGAACAUGAAUUAGGCAAUAGCAAGUAGAAAUUUUAAUCGAGAACGAUGAUGAAGGUGUUAUUCAAUCCUAGCCGUCUAUUCUCAGCUACACCAUCGUCGCUGGUAAGAUACGUGUGUACGGCGGUGAAAAUGGAACAUGACGCGGCGGCGGCGGCGGCGACCGUUCAGAAGGUAGUUAAACUGAAGAGAGAUGUUCUGUACCUUCAAUUAUCAGCUCCAGAUUCAUCGAAAGCUUCGACUUUGGAUACUUUAAAUCUAUUUUUUCCGGAAAAAGACGAUUUCACAAGCAAAUUUCAGCUGAAUUCUUGUAUAUUGCAACUCCGAAGAAGUGGAAAAGUACUCCGAGCCCUGCAGGUAAUGGAGUGGAUGCACACUAGAAAUAUUAAAUUUGAACCUACUGAUCAUGCAAGACAGUUGGAUCUGAUAUCACAGGUCAAGGGAAUCUCUGCUGCUGAGAAUCAUUUUAACGGUAUCCCAGAAAUAGCGAAGGAUAUAUCUACUUAUGGUGCUCUACUUAACUGCUAUUGCAGAGAAAAAUUGACUGACAAGGCACUGAAUUUAUUUGAGAAGAUGGAUACAAUGCAGUUUCUUUCUUCAGUUGCUUUCAACAAUCUUAUGUCCUUGUAUAUGAGACUAAAUAUGCCAGAGAAAGUGCCUCCAUUAGUCCAGGAGAUGAAGAACAGAAACAUAGCACUGAGCGUACAUACGUAUAACAUCUGGAUCACUAGUUAUACUUGUUUGAAAGAUAUUGAGGCAGCGGAAAAGGUUUUUGAGGAGAUAACACACAAUAAUGGAGCGGUGCAGCAUGAUUGGACAACAUUUAGUAACUUGGCAGUAGCUUAUGUUAAGGCUGGACUUUAUGAGAAAGCUGAAUCAACCCUUGAAAAAAUGGAGGAAGAAAUUAGGAAGAUGGGGAAACGAUGUGGCCGUAAACCAUUUCAUUACCUGUUAAGCUUGUAUGCUGGAACCUCUAAUCUAGAUAAGGUCCAUAAAAUCUGGAAGCACCUCAAGUCAGCAUUUAAAAUGGAUUCCGAUAAGAGUACUCUGGCAAUGCUCGAGACACUUGCCAGAUUGGACGACGUUAAUGGCUUUAAGAAGAUCUUUGAGGAGUGGGAAUCAACUUGUUCUACUUAUGAUAGAAGGCUGCCAUAUCACGCUAUUGGUUUCUACCUCAAGCAUGGCAUGAUCGAAGAAGCUGAAAUGGUUUUCCACAACAUCUUAAAGAGGUACAACGGAAAUACUCAUUGGUUUUGGAAACGAGUAAUGCAGCAUUAUCUGGAGAAACAACAGUUAGAUUUUGCUUUGAGUUGCCUAGAAACAGCCAUAUCUGUAGUCAAGAACAACGAGUUGCAUCCAACCCCUGAAGAUGUUAAUAGACUCAUGGAGUAUUUUAAGAAGGAGGGUGAUGUCAAUAAAGCUGAAAAGUUUUGCAAGAUCUUGAAGAAGGUAAACCUUCUGGAUUCUGAAGCCUACAAAUUAUUGCUGGAGACUUAUGUAGCUGCCAGUAAAGAGGCACCCGAUAUGCGCAAUAGGAUUAUGGAUGAUGGAAUCGAAGCUAGUCCCGAACUUGAAGAGUUGCUUGGAAGAGUGUGUAGUGAGCAGUCUGCUAAAAAGCGCAUUAAGCAGCCGCCAACAAAGAAUCGGAAACACUUCGAUUUUGUAUUAAACAGUGAUUAAGCGGUCAGUUAGUUCUGAACUCGAGGUUUACGAAUUACCAACGUCAUCCUGAACAUUUCCUAGGACUGCAUGGCUACGUUUUUAUGAAAAAUGACUGCCAAAAUUAUUCUGUAAAAAAUAUUCAAAAAUACAACUUUACAAAAUUUAUCGUA